GUGCCCCUGACACUUCCCACCCUUCCCUGAUCAUCCCCAAGAUGCAUUCUGGAGAAAGGCGUGGAGGCAGAAGGCCCCCCCUGGCCCCCCGCCGCGGGUCUGCGGACUCAUCUGGCUCCUUCCGGCUCUGCAAAGUUAGAAAGUUUAACACGGGAAAGGAGUUGGGAAAGCAGGCUCCAACAGCUUGUUGCACGCAUGCGCGACUUUUGCUCUCGGUUUCCUUUUGGCGCCGCAGGGCACUGAGAGUCCAAGAAAAAUUUCCCUUCGGCGCGGAAGAUGCGCGCCACUUCCGGCCGGGCUCCUAACAACGGGGGAGGUUGGUAACCAGGGAGGGGGGGAUGGCGGAGCGGGCGCCGGAGCCCGAGGCGGAGGCGGAGGCUGAGGCGGGAGCAGGCGGGGAGGCGGUGGCCGAGGAGGGCGCGGCGGGCCGCAAGGCGCGGGGUCGGCCACGGCUCACGGAGUCGGACCGAGCCCGGCGGCGGCUCGAGUCCCGGAAGAAGUACGACGUGCGGCGUGUGUACCUGGGCGAGGCACACGGGCCCUGGGUGGACCUGCGGCGCCGCAGCGGCUGGAGCGACGCCAAGCUCGCCGCCUACCUCAUCUCGCUGGAGCGCGGCCAGCGUAGCGGCCGCCACGGGAAGCCUUGGGAGCAGGUCCCCAGAAAGCCAAAGCGGAAGAAAAGGCGGCGACGCAACGUGAACUGCCUGAAAAACGUGGUGAUCUGGUAUGAGGACCACAAACACCGCUGCCCAUAUGAACCGCACCUGGCAGAGCUGGACCCCACCUUCGGUCUGUACACCACGGCCGUGUGGCAGUGCGAAGCCGGCCACCGCUAUUUCCAAGACCUGCACUCACCCCUCAAGCCGCUCAGUGACUCAGACCCUGACAGUGACAAAGGUGGGUCUACGAGGUGAGGUCACAGGGUGGCC